UGGAUGAGUUUUCAAUUUUCUUUUUCGCUGAAGGCAAAAAGGGCCUCAACCCAGGCCUAAAAAUGGAAACAAACACCACUCUGCUCCAUGACUGGAAAAAACCACCACGCCGUUUGAAGCCUCGCAAUUAGUGACCAAAACAAAAAAAGCUUGGCAAUCUUUCUCCGAUUGCUAGCCUUGAGACUUGAGAGGCAUUCGAUAUGAGUGAGAUGAUGGUUCUAUCUUCUGAAACGGCGUCGUCUCAGUCCCACCCCCACCCCCUCCUUGAAUAACCCUAACUCCCUAAGCCUCGUCUCUGAACCUCCUGCCCUCGUCUCUCUGUCUCUGCUCUCUGGAGAUCGGCGCCGGCAGUGGACAGCCCCUCGCCCUCACCUCGUCUCUCCCCUCGUCGUAAGUUCGUCACUCCUUCGGCGUCGUCAGUUCGUCACUCUCUGUCUCUGGGUCUCUCACCUCGUCGCUCUCUCGGUCUCUCACUUUGAGUCCGUGACCCUGCGUUCGCUUCGUCAGAACCAGUGAAGCAGCAUCUGCUCCCUCGGGUGGUGGUGGUGGUCGUCGUCUUCUCAACCAGAAUGGAAGAGAAAGGGAAUGAGCAAGGAUCAAAUGUUUCAGCGGCAGGGGUAUUUGAGAUACCAGGAGAGCCUGCUAUCGUAAUCAAUGGUGUGCCUGAAAUAACCCCCAGUGAGAAAACUGAUUCUGUGCAUAAUGCUUCAGGCGGCACCUUUGAAAAAGAAUACACCCCUUUGGAUUUGGGUGAAUGGUUUGAAGGGAGGGAGGUUCGAAAGUGGUUCAUGGGAAGGUACUACUCAGGUACGGUAAUGGAGUUUGACAAACAAACUGGGUGGUACAGGGUUCUCUACGAAGAUGGUGACUCGGAAGAUCUUGAUUGGCAUGAGCUGGAAGAGGUACUUGUUCCUUUGGAUGUUACGACGACACUUAAGGCAUUGGCACAGAGAGUUGUCAAGAAAGGCAAGAAAUAUGCUCAUACGUCUGGGAAAACUGCCAAAAUCAAAAGAAGGGCAACAAAAGGAAAGUAAGUAGACUCUGGCUGUAGUUGAAAAUUUGGAGAUUUGUAGAUAUCAUUGCAAUUUGUAGAUAUCAUUUGCAAUUUAUAUAGCAUCUAACAUCAGUACUAGCGCGUGAGAAAAAUAGCCGAUUCUGAAACUGCUCUGCUAGAAAGAGAAAUUAGGAAAUCAGAGUUGGUGGAAAUUGUUAGAGGAGUAAGGAUUUUUGUUGUUUUGUAGUUAGGGGAAUUGUUAAAAUUGGUGAUUGAAAUGAGUGUGUUUCUCAUGCUUC